CCCAGGGAUGCGCGCGGAUGAUCGCGUUCGACACAUGCGCAGUACAUUUUUUCUAUGCUCUACCAGACAUCGGAGGGCAGCACUGAGAAGAUUCUUCCAUCGCUGUCGGCAAAACGCUUCAUCCUUUCCACUAUUUUUUGCUUAUCUCCCUCCAUGAAUUUGCCGCCCUAAACACGUCUUUGUACUCUUUCAAACAUGAAUUGUACAAAUGUGGGUACUUUCUAAUCUCUUCGCACAAACGUUUGUCGAGUUCGCCGUCCAUUGUCGCGUUUUUCUUUGUUUUUUCAAUCGUGUUGUUUUUAAACCGGUCUUUUCACACUCUUCUUCGAUGGCUGAACACUGUGCUCAAUACUGUGCGUAUUGCCACCUACUGGACUCUUCUGUACUGCUGGCGCAUGCGCUGUUGCACGCGGACUGUCCGCGCGGUCGGGGUGUGCGGCCGGCCUCGAGCCCUCCGCAUGACGAAAAUUGCGUCAUGCGGACGGUGCACGAACGCGGACGGCCGAAGUAUACCCGGGGCUUUAGGCGAUGAGCCUUUCCGAAUGGAACGCAGGGCCUCUUCCGCAUCGCCAGACAGCUGUUGUCUUUUGUCUGCUGUUGUCACAAGUUGUCAGCCAGCUGCAAACAUGAGGUGCGGAAAUUAAUGGCGUGUCGCGGAGAGGAAGAUGAUUUGGCACUCUCACGAAAGUGUAAAAUGAAAACAACGACCUCUGGCUUUACUAUGUACAUGUUUUAACUCCUAACCACGAGUCAAUGACGAAAUUCUCAACGAAUAAUAACGAGCUCCGCUCCAGCACAUUACGCGUCUAUCAGCGGGAGCGUCGUUGACGCUGCAGGUGACAGAAACUGCUGGAUCAACCGAGCGAUGUUCCACCGUUCAUUCCGACGAAAGCUACAAACGCACAUCUUCCUUUGGAAAUAGUGUGAUUUGGGAAAAGACGUCCCGGUCGGUCAUGCUUUUGGAGGACCGCUGUGAAGCUUCAGCAUGAAAUCCCUAAAAUAUCCUUCAAACACUCUUCUGGAAUUAACCGUCAUUUUUCUUUUCAUUCAAAACUCAAGGAUGGAAACCGAAGAGAUCCAAAGCAACUACAAAUCCAAGGUCCAGAAAGCAUCCAUGAUGGCUAGCAGGGCGGUGACAGAAGGCUGCCCUCUUGGCCAGUUUCCCUGUGGGAACAUGAGUGUGUGUUUGCCCCAGGUCCUUCAGUGUAAUGGCCACAAGGACUGCAAGAAUGGAGCAGAUGAGGAACACUGUGGGGACAACAGCGGAUGGGCGGAUAUUUUUGAUCGCACCAUUAAAAAGGCAGAGCCACAGGACCUUCCUAAUGACUGCUUUCUGAAGCAGUACCCGGAGAGCUGUGAUUGCAUUAAGACAGAGGUGGAAUGUGUGGAUGUGAACCUGCACGUUGUACCCGUCUUCUCCUCCAAUGUGACUUGGUUGUCUCUGAAGAACAAUAGGAUUAGGAAUUUGGAUGAUCACAUCUUCUCCAAAUAUACACAGCUGCAGAGACUGUGAGUAUCAGUUAAUCAAGUGUGAAAGUGUACUAUGAUAAAUAACCAGUAUCAGCCAUUGAUGAAAAAGACAAGUCAGAUAAUCAGUUCAAAUUAUACUGAAAUGCUUCUGUUUUUCACUGGUUUCUGCAAUAAGAAGAAAAGAACAGAAACACGAGCAUUCCUGUUGAAUUAACGUCAUCAAUACUUAAAAUUAAAACUGUUGUUGGGCCUUUGCAUUUGCUUAAAGUCUUCAGCCAAUGUCUUUUGAGUCAUUCUACAGUUUUCCACUCGCUGUGUAUCGCCAGUUCUUGUUGACACCUAAAUUUAUGGAUGCUGUGAAAUUUCCAAUAUCUGAUGAACCAAAAUAUCUCAGCACUGAGAACUUUAGGCCAUGCCUCAAACCCUGGUUCUCUGAGGGAGAUGCGUGCAAUAUCCUAAGUAUUUUAGGCCAUUGGCCAGUGCAGCAAGGAAACCUUCCUCCUGUCUCUAUAUACUGUUCAGGCGUAAAUCUUCAUUCAUGAUGCAGAUUGUUCUGAGCUGAUGAGCUAUAAAUUUAGACCGGUGGAGUUUAUCUUUUCUGAAUUCAUUUUUUUUUUUUUUGCAGUUUUGCCUCUUAUGUAAAUUUGAAGAAUGUUUAGGGAUUUUAUUGGAAAGAAAGACAAGUUUUUCCCCCCUGUACCAGCAGUAAGUUUAAGUCAGAGUAACUAUAAAAUGAGAGCUUUACACAUUUUAUAUUUUAUAAUGCUUGAUUAAAAAAAACUCCAUUAGUUCUCCAUAUGAGAGAAAUUUGAAAAUUAAAUUCCAGUCAUGAGAGAGCUUCAUUAUGGUUUCAGUUCAAAUUUAAUUGAUAUAGUGGGCUGCCACAUCUCGACUGGAAAGUCACUAACCCUCUACUGCACACAUUAUGAUAAAUCUAUAGAGAAAAAUAUUUGACUCUUUUUCUUUUCUUAGAAUGGCUUAAAGGUGCUAAAGAGG